AUGAACGCAGUCGCAGCGCUCUUCCACUAUCUCGAUUUCUCUAGCGGUAUGAACGGGACGAAGGGCGUUUUCCUGGACUUUGUGGGCCAAGGUGAGCUCGCCACUUCAGAAGUCGACAUUGCUAAUCUCGCGGCCAACCCGGCAUCUCUGACCCGCAUUCUCCUGCUCGACCUCCUCAUCUACUUUGUGCAGCUUGUGACUGUGGCUGUGUGCUACGUCGUCAACUUCACCCCAACCCUCCCCAAGUCCGACUUGUUCCCGUAUGAUGACCUGCUGUUGCCACCGGAUACGCCGCCACCGAUCGCCGAUGACGACGUGGAUGUCGAAGCCGGCGAUCAGUUCCGUCAGCGCCGAAUGGGGAAGGGUCCCAGGUAUCAGAACGUUGCCACGGACGAAAAUGAGGUCUGGCUUGAGGAAGAGGAUGAGGAAGUUGAGCCAACUUCUCCCAAUCCGACGCGGCUGACGACGGGUGGCACCCCGGCCACCACGCCGCCCGUGACACCUCGUGAGGCGCAGAACCGACUCCAAGCCUUAGCAGCGGCAUUAGCGCAGGCUCAGGAGCGGAUCGAUCCCAGCCAGAGCACGAGUGCGCAGCGUUUGGCUGCGUUAACGGCUGUUCUCCGGGAACGCGAGGAGGCUGUCGCCGCGCGCGUGCGGGAAGACGGCGGGACAGACGAGCAGGAGCAAGACCGAGACACUCGAAUGUUGAAGUCCGAACGUCAUCAUAAGCAAACGGACUUGUUGCGACCAGGCGAUUUGGUUCCGUCGCCGGUGUUGUUUCACGAGACCGGUGACAUGAGCGCGUUCAAGGUGAUCCUCCAACACUCCGUCACAACAACAAAAGCACCCAUCCACAAUGCCGUCCCCAGCGGUGAUGGGAAUCUACCCCGCCGAGUCGGUGCAGGUGCGUAUCCCGGGCUCCGGGACCAUGACUUGCGAGCUAACGUUCAGGAGGUGCAUCAGUCUCUCCCUCUCGACCCUCUAGGACCCGGCGCCGCGGACCUGCUCGCCGGUGAUGUCGAGUACCGUCUCCACUUCCUUCUACAGGAGGCGAAGAAGUUCAUGGUGCACGGCAAGCGAACGACGCUGCUACCUGAGGACGUGGAGCACGCGAUGGAGGCGUUGUCGGUCGAGCCAGUGAUUGUUCCUCCGCGACCACUGCCGCAGGCGCCGUUCCACGCUGUCCCCGUCCCCGGUGGAUCACAGGGUCCCGCUGGACAGCUGUACCACGAGAUCGACGACGAGAUCGACUUUGCGACGUACCUGAAGGAGCCCCUUCCGCCUGCGCUCGCGAACAGCGCCGGUGUCAAGUGGAAAGCGCACUGGCUGGCCGUCGAGGGUGUGCAGCCCGCGAUCCCCGAGAACCCCGCCCCGACGGCGCGUUCAGGCCCAACGCGGCCGCAACCCACUACAGGGAGCGCGGCGCUCAGGCAGAACGCAAAGACGCACCUCACGACAGAACUCCAGCUGUACUUUUCCCGCCUCACCGCAGCGCUUGUCCCGAGCACGGCGGCCCUCGCCCAGCUCCCCGGCAACCCUGCGCCUGGGUCUACGGCGCACGCCUUCCCCGAGGCGGAGUGGCAUCGUCUUGCUGCGCUCGCAAGUGUCCGCAGCGACGCGGCAGUUGCCGGCGUGCUCGCGUACCCCAUCCGCUGGGUCAGCGAGAGCAUCACCAAGUGCCUCAUGGGCGCGACGGGCACGAUCGGGUGCCUCAUCGAUGUUGUCGAGGCGAUCCUCGACAACGACGUAUUGUUCGUGGAACCGUAUUUCCUUGGCCCGCUGCUCAGCAUCCUCCUGACCGUGCCGCUCGGCCCGCACCCCGUCACUGGUCCCGGACCUUCGCCGUUCGACCUGCGCUCUCGUGCCUCGGACGUGCUUGCCAAGCUCGUCUCGCAGUAUGCCGCGACGUACCCGGGCCUCAUCCCCCGCCUGCUCUCAACGCUCACAAAGGCGCUGCAGGCGCCUCCCUUCCCUUCACCCCUUGGCGCCGACCACCCCCCAGCGGGACGAUACGAGGGUGCCGUUCUCGGCAUCAGUGCUUUGGGCCCCCAGUCUGUCCGCUCGACACUCUGGGGCAAGCGCGGCGAAGGCCUGGCCGUUAUCGACGGCCUGGUCGUGUCGCUGUACCCCGGCGACGGGCGCAAGUCGAAGACGGGCCUGAUGAAGGCGACGUUCCGCGCGCUCGGGAGCAUCAUCGAGAAGAAGCCGGCGGACAGCAGCCAGAUCCCGCCCCUGCCCAGCAUGAGCAUGCUGGAGGAGACGUUUGGGCCAAACAUCGCCAAGGCGCUCGAGAAACGGCCGUGGAUGGCGCAUGAGAUGGCGGCGAGCGGCGAGCGGAGCGAGCUGCGGUGA